AUGUCGAGAAUCGGAACACAACAACAAAUACAACAACAUCAGCAGCAGCAACAACAGUUCUUCACCUCUCGUCGAACGAGUCAUCGAAACCUCGCGUCUUCUUCGCAUUCUCGAUCGAUUUUUCUCUCAAAUUCGCGGAAAUUGAAGAAGGACAAUUCUCCUCGUUUCGUCGUCAUGCGACGGUGCAUUUGUCCUGUUGUUGAUGGUGUUGUUGGUGUUGCUGGGCGGAGAGGGAGGGUGUUUUCAACCACUUGGCACACCCCUUUACGCGCUGCUUUUGGAGGGUGGGACGAGAAGAAGAUCAACUCUAACAGCGUUUCGAAAGUCGUGACGAACGCUUUGAAUAAUAGUGGUAAUGGGUACAACAACAACAAUUACUCGGCGGCGGAUGCGGCGGCGAAGGACAAUUCGGCCGAUUCAACAACUCCUUCGGGACAACAACAACAGUUUUCGAGGAAUAGCAACAACGGAGCUACGCGCCAGCCGCCAAACGUGCAGUAUUAUGGGAACAACAAUAGUAAUAGUAACAAUGCCAACGCGAAUGGUGGGUCUCGAACGCCGCCGAUGUCGAGACCGCCGCCCGGUCCUCCUCCUUCGCCGAAUCAACAACAACAACAACAACAACAGUUUCAGCAACGCAACGUGAACGGUAACAACAACGUGCCACCGAGACCACCGGUGCCAAAUCAGCAGCAACAAUACUCUGGUAUUAACAACAACAACAAUCAAAGAGCCGAGAAUAGAAUUUAUAGGCAGCAAGGGCAGACUAUCGUGAACGGAGGCGCGAGUAGUAGACCUCCGAUGCCACCACCGCCGACGCAAUCUGUAGCUCCCUCCUCCUCCUCGUCGUCGUCAUACAACGAAGACGAGGAAGAUUACAGCGCUCCACAAAAUACCGGACCGACCGCGCUGCGCGACAUUUUGCUCGAGAAACGAAUCGUCAUGCAAUCGUACACGCCCGGGCAACACAGAGAGAUGUGUCCGCAGUGCAACGGAGGCUCCGGCGGCGAGCGGUCGCUAGCGGUAAGAAUCGAGCCGGGUGGACGCCAAGCCGUGUACGUGUGCCACAGAGCGACGUGCGAGUGGUCUGGUGCGGCAGAUUUGGAUUUUGUGCCCGGGAAAGCGAAAGGAUCUUCCUCGGCUCAAGGAGGCAAAUCAUCGUCGAGCAAUACCGCCACGAAUACCAACACCAACAACCAAAGAACGAUUCUAAAGAAACCAAACCUGCCUAAACCGGAAGAUUUGAAACGCGUCGGUCCAGGUGCGCUCGACGAAUCCGCCAAGCCUUGGGCGGAAAUGAUCGAAGAAAGAGGCAUCUCUCUCGAAGUUGCCGAACGAAACGGCGUCGCCGUUCAAAGCGUCUUUUCGCCGAUUGAAGGCAAACACGUCGACGCGCUCGUGUUCCCGUACGUUCGCGACGGACAAAUCGUCAACGCCAAGUACCGCGGGCCAAACAAAUCGUUUUGGCAAGUCAAAGGUGCGGAGAAAGUCUUGUACGGUUUGGACGAUUGCAUAGAUUGCGAAGAGAUUAUCAUCGUCGAAGGCGAGUUUGAUAAAUUAGCUUUCGAGGAAGCCGGGUAUACGAAUGUCGUUUCCGUUCCAGACGGCGCGCCGGGGAAAGUGAAAGAAGGCGACGUGCCAAACCCAGAAGACGAUAAGAAAUACGAGUACUUGUGGAAUUGUCGAGCACAAUUAGAUACGGUAAAACGGUUCGUCAUUGCCACCGAUAGCGACGGGCCGGGCAAAGCCUUGGCGGAAGAACUCGCAAGACGACUCGGUAAAGAACGCUGUUUUACCGUGAACUGGCCGGAAGGGUGUAAAGACGCGAACGAGACUUUGCAAUCGGGUGGCGUCGAACUCAUUCGCGACUCAAUCAGCUCCGCCGAGGGCUUCCCGCUGCGUGGUUUGUUCAAAUUCGCUGAUUUCUCCGGAGACAUCGAGCAAUACUUUAACAUGGACGCCGGUUCCGAAUUGCGGGGCGUUUCCACCGGAUGGCGUUCGGUUGAUAAGCACUACCGCGUCGUCCCUGGUGAACUCACCGUAGUCACCGGCGUUCCAAACUCUGGUAAAUCCGAGUGGGUGGACGCGUUAAUGUCCAACUUAGCCGUCCAACACGGCUGGACUUUCGCGCUCUGUUCUCUCGAAAACAAAGUUCACGAACACGCGCGAAAAUUGGUUGAAAAAUACGUCGGCGAACCGUGGUUCGACACCACUACCUACGCCAAAGGCGCGCAAAGAAUGAACCCACAAACCAUGAAGCGUGGUAUGCGUUGGCUCAACGACCACUUUGUUUUAAUCCGACACGAAGAUGACGAGUUACCGUCGGUCGAUUGGAUCCUAGGCCUUGCCAGAGCCGCCGUCUUACGGCACGGCAUCCGAGGUUUACUCAUCGAUCCGUACAACGAACUCGACCACAAACGACCAACUGGACAAACGGAAACCGAAUACGUGAGCCAAAUGCUCACUCGAAUUAAACGUUUCGCGCAGCAUUACGACGUGCACGUCUGGUUCGUCGCGCACCCGAGACAACUCCACAACUGGAAAGGCGAAAUGCCCGGGUUAUACGACAUCUCCGGCUCCGCGCACUUCAUCAACAAAUGCGACAACGGCAUCGUCAUUCACAGAAACCGGGACGAGAAAAUGGGCAGCUUACGAGAAGUCACCGUGAACUUGGCGAAAGUCAGAAACAAAGUCGCCGGUUCCAUCGGCGACCCGAAACUCGAGUACAACGUCAGGAACGGCCGGUACGAAGAUUUGCCCGAAGACGCUGCUCAAAAUACCAACAACAACGCGAACAAACAGUAG